UAUUUGUGCACCCCGGAGGAGAACGUUUACAAGAUCGACUUCACCCGCUUCAAGAUUCGGGAUAUGGAAUCUGGCACGGUCCUCUUUGAGAUCACCAAGCCCCCCGCCUCAGAACGUGAGCGCAGCGAAAAGAAGGAGGCUGACCCAAACGCCGGGCGGUUUGUGCGCUACCAGUUCACGCCGGCGUUUCUACGGUUGCGGCAGGUUGGAGCCACGGUGGAGUUCACCGUGGGGGAGAAGCCCAUCGGCAACUUCCGCAUGAUCGAGAGGCACUACUUCCGGGAUCAGCUGCUCAAGAGCUUCGACUUCCAGUUCGGCUUCUGCAUCCCCACCAGCAAGAACAGCUGUGAGCACAUCUACGAGUUCCCGCCGCUCUCCGAGGACCUCAUCCAGGAGAUGGUCCUGCACCCCUACGAGACCCAGUCGGACAGCUUCUACUUUGUGGACAACAAGCUGGUGAUGCACAACAAGGCCGACUACUCCUACAGCGGGGGGCCCUGA